CAAGAGACACUAGUGAUACUAUACCAUCUACCACAUAAUUGACUGCCCUGUGCUGCUUCAUACUGCUGAGGACCAUCUUCUUCUCUUGCUCUAUCUAGGGAAUCUUUGAGCAUAGCUGUUUGGCCAUCUCUUGUAGAAUGUGGCUAUGUCGUGGCUGUCUCAAUGCAAGCAGCCAAGCAACGCGCCAAACCUCAUCUACCAUGAAGCUCUCUAUUAAGCAAAGUCUACGACGCUAUAGUGAACGAAGCAUCGCUGCUCAAGAAGCCGAUGAACUCCUCAAAAACAUACCAGGUCCCAUUUAUCGGCCACCACCAGCACGUCCACAAAAGACAAAACUACCCUUUCCCUCACCCAGAGUCCUUUCAGGAAAUCGAGAUAAUGGGAGUUCCCUCGAUAGUGCCCUGCGUCGACCGUCACGUCCAGAGAAAUGGUCACCACCCAUCAAAAAGAAACCAGACUGGCUCAUCCAGAAAGAAGCACUCAACAAGAAAUUCACGCGUCUCGAUGAAGUGAGUGGGUCCGCCAUCAAAGAACCCUGGCAACCACGUAAGAAACUCUCACCGGAAGCUAUGCAAGGCAUUCGUGCAUUACGUGCAGAAAAUCCAGAUUACGAUGUACCUAAACUUGCAUCGAUUUUCAAAGUCAGUCCAGAGGCAGUACGACGUAUUUUGCGGAGUAAAUGGCAACCGACUCCUGAAGAAGCCGCAGCACAAGCGGAGCGGUGGAAGAGACGGAAGGAGAGUGUAUGGAAGCGUUGGGCAGAGCAAGGGAGAGCAGAGAGGGGUGGCGAUGCGGUGAGAGGCGUGCAUGGACGGAGAACUGUUGCUGGUGUUGUUGAGAAGCGGUUGUCUGUCAAAUCAGGCUUUGUCUAGGUGUCUAUUGACAUCUGCAGCUUACAAAACAGCUGUCCAUUUACAUCCACAGCUUAGGGAGUAGCCUGAGUAUGCUCAAGUAGAGAAGGAUCAGAUGGAUGAUUCAGGGUUAGGGCAAGGAAAUUAUCAAAGUCACAAGAAGCUCAAGACAGACAAGACUCCCCAUAGACAAUCAUCAGCAGCGAUGCCGAAGAAUAAAGGAAAGGGAGGAAAGAACAGAAGGAGAGGAAAGAACGAAAAGUGAGUGGCUGUGGUGC